UGUGCUUAUCCGUUUCUUUUAUUCGUUCUUCGCAUCUCUCUCUCACAUUCACUUCCAAGUCCAAGAGUACACUUACAGAACUCGAACCAUGUCAUCAAUGGCGUCGAUAAUUCGCCGAAAACUUCACCACAAAUCUUUUAUUUUUCAACAAAGAUUGUUCUCUGCAUCACCAGAGAACAAGAAGACUCAAAGGAUUGAGAAGAUUUUGAUAGCCAACAGAGGCGAAAUAGCGUGUCGAAUCAUGAGGACUGCAAAAAGAUUAGGGAUUCGAACCGUCGCGGUGUACAGCGACGCCGAUAGGGACAGUCUCCACGUGAAAUCCGCCGACGAAGCCAUUCGAAUUGGUCCCCCACCGGCUCGGAUGAGUUAUCUCAAGGCUUCGUCGAUCAUCGAAGCUGCAGUUCGGACUGGCGCACAGGCUAUCCACCCGGGCUAUGGUUUCUUAUCAGAAAGUGCUGAGUUUGCUCAACUUUGUGAAGAUGAGGGUUUUACCUUUAUUGGACCUCCUGCAUCUGCAAUACGGGACAUGGGUGAUAAAAGUGCAUCAAAGAGAAUAAUGGGAGCAGCAGGAGUACCACUUGUGCCUGGAUAUCAUGGUGAGGAACAAGAUAUUGACCUUAUGAAGUCAGAAGCAGACAAGAUUGGAUAUCCUAUUUUGAUAAAGCCCACACAUGGAGGUGGAGGAAAGGGCAUGAGAAUUGUGCAAGGUCCAAAUGAAUUUGUUGACUCUUUUUUGGGUGCACAACGUGAGGCUGCUGCUUCUUUUGGCACAGAUACAAUAUUGCUAGAAAAGUAUAUCACACAGCCAAGGCACAUAGAAGUCCAGAUAUUUGGGGACAAACACGGCAAUGUCAUACAUUUAUAUGAGAGAGAUUGCAGCGUGCAGAGAAGACACCAGAAGAUUAUUGAAGAAGCCCCCGCUCCUAAUGUCAUUAAUGACUUCCGCUCCCACUUGGGUCAAGCUGCCGUAUCUGCAGCAAAGGCUGUUGGUUAUUACAAUGCUGGCACUGUGGAGUUCAUAGUUGAUACUCUCUCGGGACAGUUCUAUUUCAUGGAGAUGAACACCCGUCUUCAGGUUGAGCAUCCCGUGACAGAGAUGAUUGUUGGUCAAGAUCUUGUAGAGUGGCAAAUACGUGUUGCAAAUGGAGAAUCUCUUCCCAUGAGUCAAUCACAGGUGCCCUUAUCAGGUCAUGCUUUUGAAGCCCGAAUAUAUGCUGAAAAUGUUCCAAAAGGAUUCCUUCCAGCAACUGGAACUCUCCAUCAUUACCAUCCUGUUCCAGUCUCGUCAACAGUUCGUGUUGAGACUGGAGUUGAACAAGGGGACACUGUGAGCAUGCAUUAUGAUCCCAUGAUUGCUAAGCUUGUAGUAUGGGGAGAAAAUCGAGCUGCAGCAUUAGUUAAAUUGAAGGACUGCUUAUCAAAGUUUCAGGUUGCAGGUUUGCCAACCAAUGUAAAUUUUCUCCUCAAACUUGCAAACCAUCGGGCCUUUGAAAAUGGCGAAGUUGAAACUCAUUUUAUUGAGAACUACAAAGAUGAAUUAUUUGUUGAUCGGAGUAAUUCAUCAUCAGCACAAGAAGCAUAUGAUUCUGCUAAACUUGGUGCAUUCCUGGUAGCUGCAUGUGUUUGUGAGAAGGAACAUGCAUCUUUGAAGGGCCGUCCCUGUGGGGGGCUUUCUAUUUGGUAUGUUUAUCCCCCUUUUAGAGUUCAUCAUCGUGCUAGGCGUACAAUGGAAUUUGAGUUGGACAACGGAUAUGAUAAAAGUGGUUCAUGUCUUAUUCCACUUUCGGUCACUUAUCAGCCAGAUGGGAACUAUUUCAUCGAGACAGGAGAAAGCAGUUCCCCUGGUUUGGAAGCCAAAGUAUCACAUUUAGGCAACCAGGAUUUUAGAGUUGAAGCUAAUGGUGUGAGCAUGGAUGCUAGUCUAGCUGUUUAUUCCAAGGACCAAACUGAGCACCUUCAUAUAUGGCAUGGUUCCCACCAUCAUCACUUCAAACGUAAACUGGGUCUUGAACUGUCUUAUGAUGAUGAGACCCAAGACAAUCCUGCAUUCGAGACAGCAAAUCACCCUCCAGGGACUGUGGUGACUCCCAUGGCUGGUUUAGUGGUCAAAGUUCUGGUGAAGGAUGGAACAAAGGUCAAUGAAGGACAACCUGUGAUAGUCUUAGAAGCAAUGAAGAUGGAGCAUGUUGUGAAGGCACCAACUGCUGGGUAUGUCUGCGGGCUUCAAGUCACCGUUGGCCAACAGGUUUCUGAUAGUAGCAUUCUCUUCAGAAAGUCUGAUAGCCUUGAAGGAGACAGUGGGCCUGACAAGUCCAGUACCCAGGAGAAGGGUGGUUUGGAAUCAAACAAGUUGAAGGAUGUAGGAAGUUUUAGUAACAAGGAUAUGUUUUUCAGGGCAGAUAAGAUUGAUUUCAAGAGUUGGGAUAUACAGUUGGAGAAGCACUUGAGUCGGGUUUAUUCGAGGGACACCGGAACCCGAUUGAAGAGGGAAGAAUGGGAGAUUGAUUUGGCAAAAUUGGACAUAAGAAAUGUUAUAGCUAAUGGGGCCUAUGGUACGGUGUACAAAGGUGUUUAUGAUGGCCAAGAUGUAGCAGUGAAGGUAUUGGAUUGGGGGGAGGAUGGAAUUGCCACAGCUGCUGAGACUGCUAAUCUCCGGUCAUCUUUUCGGCAAGAGGUUGCUGUUUGGCAUAAGCUUGACCAUCCUAAUGUUACAAAGUUUGUUGGCGCUUCAAUGGGAACAUCAAAUCUUAAGCUACCUUCACACGGCACUUCAAAUGAUGUUCUCAAUUCUCACCCUUCGAGAGCUUGUUGUGUGGUGGUUGAGUACCUUCCAGGCGGGACGCUAAAGAAAUACUUAAUUAGGAAUUCAAGGAAGAAACUUGCCUUUAGGAUUGUGAUUCAACUGGCUCUGGACCUCUCUAGAGGUAUGAGCUAUCUUCACUCCCAGAAGAUUGUACAUCGUGAUGUUAAAACUGAAAAUAUGUUGCUGGAUUCUCAUCGAACUCUGAAAAUUGCUGAUUUUGGUGUUGCUCGAGUCGAAGCUCAAAAUCCAAGGGACAUGACUGGGGAAACUGGUACACUUGGGUACAUGGCCCCAGAGGUCCUCGAUGGUAAACCUUACAAUAGGAAAUGCGACGUCUACAGUUUUGGCAUAUGCUUGUGGGAAAUCUACUGCUGUGACAUGCCUUAUCCUGAUCUUAGCUUUGCUGAAGUAUCUUCUGCAGUUGUUAGACAGAACUUACGACCAGAAAUGCCCAGAUGUUGCCCAGGUUCACUGGCAAGCAUCAUGCGAAAAUGUUGGGAUGGAAACCCUGACAAACGCCCAGAGAUGGAUGAGGUUGUGAAGUUGUUAGAAGCAAUAGAUACGAGCAAGGGAGGUGGCAUGAUACCAGAAGACCAGUCUCAUGGAUGUUUCUGUUUCAGCACAGCUCGUGGUCCCUGAUCUUUUUUCCCUAUAUAUUUCAUUUCUGUUGACAAAGAUGUCAUAAAGCAUCAUUGCAAGUACAGAUCGUUUUGGAACAAAUUUAUACUCAUAUGAAGUUUCUGUGUGGCAUAAAUGAUUGAAAUUUUUACUCA